AUGAUGAUUUUUCCCCCGCUUUCUUUACCUAAUGCAUCAGCUUUGUCCUCGCCGUUUUCACGCGGUAGAAGGUCGAUAUCCACCACCAAAGACGAAGACAAUAAAGAAAGACGAAGAAAAGCGGAAGAAAUCGCGGAACGAGACGUUAAAAAAUGGUCCUCGCCGCUCUUCGCACACGUGGAAGUGGACGUGGAAACACACAAAAAUCGAACGUUUUCGAGAGCGGAAAAUGGUAUUUUCGUCCUUUGCGUCUUCUGUCUCUUCGCGUAUUUCGGCAACUUUGCAAUGCAAAGCGCGAAAAAGAAAGAGGAGAAGAAAAGAGUAGUAAAGGAAAAGAGAGAAAAGAGAGCGCUGGAAGCGUUCAGGCAAGAGAAGAAUGGUUUUGGUGCCUUGAGGAAAAAUGGUGGCGGCGGCGACGCCGGCGCCUCGCCCUCGCGGCUUCUUCGUCCUCCGAGCGAGGACGAAGACGACGACGACGACGAUCCGUUCGAAGGUUUAACCCCGGAUGAAAUCGUCCAGUUGAAAGAAUCAGUCGAAAGAGAAUAG